AUGGACACCAUGGACACCAUUGACCCAGCUCUGCCACCAAAGAACCAAGAACCCUCGAUCGAGAAAGCAGAAGUGACGGUAUCUACGGACGACGCAAUCAUCAGCCAUGCAGAGCCCCAGAAAACGUAUUAUAGUAAACAGUCGGUGUGGUUAAUGAUAUUGUUCUCUGGUCUCGCAAUCGGUUCUGAUGGAUAUAAUGCCGCCGUGAUCGGCAAUGUCGAACUCCUCCUGGCGAUCCUCUAUCCGGACGCCUUGACCGAUACCAUGUAUUCUCGGCUGUCUAAUGCUUUCCUCAUCGGCAUGAUCGUCGGCAUGCUCUUGUUCGGCCUCGUCGCCGACCAGCUUGGACGUAAAACCGGUGCUGUGGCCACCACAGUAUUACUGGUCUUGGGUAUUGCGCUCAGCACUGCCGCGAACGGGACCACGGACACGGGGCUCCUCUGGAUGCUUGUGAUUGCGCGAGGUGUCGCAGGAGUCGGGGCUGGAGGUGAAUAUCCCGUCAGUGGAGCGGGCGCCACUGAAGCAACCGAUGAAGGCAAACAGUAUCGGAAGAGGAGAGGCUUCAUGUUCGCCAUGCUGGCUGAUCUUUCAUCAUCUCUCGGAUAUGUCUGGGGUGGCCUUGUGCCACUGCUUCUGUUGCUGUGUGUCCAGCAAGAAGUCGCCCAUUACAACCUCGUGUGGCGAUUGAGUUUCGCUCUCGGUGUGAUCCCGCCCGUGUCGAUAUUCUGGUUUCGCAUCCGAAUGGCCGUCUCGACGGCAUACCGCAAAUCGGCCCUGCGAAAGCAGAAAGUCCCCUAUCUUCUCGCCGUGAGAAGAUACGGGCGAGCUUUGAUUGGCUGUUGCGCCACCUGGUUCUUGUACAACUAUAUCAGUGUUCCAUUUGGAAUCUUCUCCUCGACCAUCAUUUCCAGAGUCAACGCUUCGGAUUCUUUGGUGAAGAGUCUCGGGUGGGGAGUGGUCAUUAAUUGCUUUUACAUUCCGGGCCCGUUUCUCGGAGGAUAUCUUUCCGACAAAAUCGGAAGACGAAAGACCAUGGCCCUCGGUUUUGGGUUGCAGGCCGCCUUGGGCUUCAUCUUAGGAGGGGCCAACGAAAAGAUCCAAAAUGUUUUCCCGCUGUUUGUGGUGUUGUAUGGCCUUUUCUUGACGCUAGGUGAAGUUGGUCCAGGAAGUACGGUGGUCCUCACCGCUUCUGAGUGUUUUCCGACCUCGAUCCGGGGAUCGAUGAUGGGUUUUGUCUCGGCAUGGUCCAAAGCAGGCGCUGCCAUUGGAACCCAGGUCUUCACGGCGAUCCUCAAUUCGUACACCGAUUCCUCAAAAGGCGGCCAAACAGCUUUCUUGAUCGGUUCCGCAUUUGCCGUCGUCGGGGCAUUGAUCGCUCUUUUCGUGAUUCCGGACGUGAGUAGACGAUUAGACGACGAGGAUGAACCAUGGAAAUUGUACCUUGCCGAGCAUGGUUGGCAGGCUGAUUGGGGUGACCGUGUAUCCAAGGAUCCUCAAGGGGUGAUGAUGCACAAGGUUGUACCGGCUUCGUAG